UUGUGUUCCCUCUCGUUCGAACAACAACACACACUCGUCCCGUAAAAGUCUCUCUCUCUAUCUCUCUCUCUCAAUCGCAGAUAGGUGCGUCGUCUCCUUCUUCGAUAACUCCGAUCACCUAAAACCGCUUCCUUUCGUUCAAAGCAUCUCUCUUUGAUAAAAUAAACAUUACCAAUCAAUCAAUAGCUGCUACAUUAUAUCCUCCUCGCAUUUCGAGGUAGAUUUGUGGCAAUGAUGUAAUUUCAGCAGAGAAGAUGGGAUCUGGGCGGAGCAAAUCAUGCCGAGGCUCUUCGUUGGCUAGACAAGAUUCGGAACCUCCGAGUGGUGGUGGUGGUGGUGGUGGUGGAAGGAGGAGGAGAAAACCUAUGAGGCUCCUUUGUUCUAUUCACUCUUCUUGCCUUGCUUCUUCCUCUUCUCACGACAGUGACGAUGACGUUGAUCAACAGGUAUGUAACGGACGGAGAAGAACGGAAUCUAUGAAUCAACGAGAUUGCUACGACGAUGAAGAACUCAAAGAUAAGAAGGAAUCUCAAAACGAGGAGCUUGAGCUUGAGCUUGAUGAUGAUUGUGGUGUUGAUGAAGAAGAAGAAGAAGAAGAAGAAGUAACUGUGAGCAACAACGUUGGCGGUGGUUCGGUUCAAGAAUCUUCAACACCAAGUCGAGUUUUCUCGCAUUUCAAAUUCCUUCCUGGUAACAUAAGCUCUAGACUCAGCAGAGCUUCCAGCUCCAGAUCCUUCAACACUACUUAUCCACUCACUUCACCUUCACAACCUGCUCUUACGCUCGUUGAUAGAGUCGAAUCUCCGAGGAACAACCCUGUGAUUGACAAUGUAGUUAGAGACAUUGAUGCCAUGAGAUAUGGACAAGAUACCACUCUUGAUAGAAGACAAGUUGUUCGUGAGCCUUCCAUUGACCGGAAUGUUAGCUUUAGCAGAACUCUUAGUGUUGGACGUCUCCGUGACAGAGUUCUUCGCCGGUCUUCGCUCUCUGAUUUCGCAUUCCGUCCUUCACAUCAGGGAGAAGAUGAUGCUGAUCUCUUCUCUGCUGACAACGCAGCAGCAGUAGGGGAGACUCCUGUGACUUCAACGUCUUUACUAAACCGUUCUGCUUCUAGCAUCAGGAGGACGUUGUUCGGAGUUCAAGAUCAACAGACGCCGAGUCCUCUUGUCAGAGAAGGGAGGUAUCAAGGUUUAUUAGAGCACCGAUCUGAUUUCCUUGAGAGACGGAGGAGAAUAAGAUCUCAGGUUCGUGCUCUUCAAAGAUUAGGAAGCCGGUUUGAGAGUGUCACAGGCCAUCAUGAUAGGGCUUGUGUCUUAUCAGGUCUGGAUCAAGCAGGUCGUUGCACAUGUCGUGCAGGUGGUACUAACCGUGGUUCCACAACAACGACACCACCAACAACAGAUGAAACAAAUGCUAGAGCUAGCAUCUCAAGGAUAGUGCUGCUAGCUGAAGCUCUUUUCGAGGUUCUUGAUGAAAUUCAUCAGCAAUCUGUUGUAUUAUCCUCUCAACAACCAUCAGUAUCAUCAAUAGGAUCUGUUCCUGCACCUAACGACGUUGUGGACUUGCUACCUAUAAAACAGUAUACUAAAUCACAAACCGAAGAUUCAUCACAAUGUUAUAUAUGUCUUGUCGAGUAUGAAGAAGGAGACACUAUAAGGACACUUCCUUGUCAUCAUGAAUUCCAUAGAACAUGUGUGGAUAAAUGGCUUAAAGAGAUUCACAGAGUAUGUCCGCUGUGUCGUGGAGACAUUUGUAGACAUGAUCCAUCACCUGAACUACACUGAUUACAGUCGGAGAGUGUCAGUUUCUUCAAAUGACCAAGAACAUUCUUUGGUUUUUGUCUGGAACUUAAUCAAAAUGUUGUAUUUUUGCUUGUUUGUAGCUUUCAACUGGAAACAAAAAAAAAACUACAAAAUUCAAACCUCCUGUAUUUGAAACUUCUGUAUUUAAUUGAUAAUUCUACUGAUGUUGUUGUGUUUCA